UCGGAGCUGCUCGGGUGCCUUUCCGCUGAUGGAGGCCUCGGGAGAGCCUGGCUGCGGGUUGUGCCAGGCCGAGCGCGCCCCGUACACCUGCCCGCGGUGCCACGUCCGCUUCUGCUCCGUGCCCUGCUACCGGGAGCACGGCUCCUGCGCUCGGGACUUCCAAAACCGAGAGUGGCAACUUCGGCUCCAGGGCCAGCGGGGGGAUGUGGCCGCGCGACGCCGCCUGGAGGAGGCCCUGCUCCGGCUGCAGGAACUACGCGAGCCCGGGGAUGCAGACCCCGAUGUAGGCCUCGGCCCGCAAGGAGAGGAUCUGUGGGGCCAGCUGACCCCUCAGCAGCGCAAGACUUUCCAGCAGCUGCUGAGCAGCGGGGAGAUCUCGGCGAUCCUGCCCCCCUGGCAGCCUUGGUGGGUCGUGGGCGGCCGGGGGGCCUCCCUGAUCCAGGAGAUUGGAGCCCAGGAUGCACCAGACGCACAGAGCCCUUUGCAGCACCAGCAGCGGGGAGCCACCCAAAGCCUGGAGCUUCCAAAUGAAGGGGCCGUUGCGGGAGGCCAGAACCUUCCUCUUGCGCAGGACUCGAAUUCGGUGCCCGCCCUGCCAGGGGUGAUCCCGCCACUGAGCACUCUCAGCAGCAGCCCCGUCUCCCCCCUGGUUCGCUUCCAGCUGCCCAACGUCCUCUACGGCUAUGCAUAUGCGCUGUCGCUGUACCACGGAGAGGCUGACGAUGCCGAGGUGCUGCCCGAAUUCUGCGAGACUGUCCUGGACCUCUCUGCCGCCCUGGGGGCCGCAUGGGUCUUCUCCUCCACAGGGGAGGCCCUGCAGGCUGCCCUCCAGGCGGUCACAGGCAGCCGGUAUCCGGAAUGCCCGCUGGGGAACGCCGGGGUGAUGGUGGCAGUGGCCCAGAUUUUGAUGGGGCCCUGCCAGGCAGAGCAGAGCAGGUUCAGCCUGGCUGCCCUCGCUCACCUUUCCAGGCUGCUUGGCAGAGGGAAGCGGCGGGUGGCCUCCGAGGACCGGCCCAGGAUGUACAAGGCCAAGAAGAAGUGCGAAUUCUUGCUUUCCUGGGUGAAGGAACACAGGGAGGAGCUCACCCUGCUGGCCUUGGAAGUCCAGAGGGAAUACAAGGCCCAUCUGGAGGCAGCCAAGGAGGUUGGCGUCAUCACCCAGGAACUAGAGAAGAUGUGGGGGGGGAAAGUCCCCCCUUCUGAAAAGGCUCUGAUAGAAGAAUUGGACUGAAGACAUGCCUGCAAAGGGCUGGAGGCUGGACUUUUGGAUAGGAAAGGGCCUGGGGAAGAAUGGGACCCUAACCCUGCCAGAAACCGGAUUGGUUUUGCAUCACAGCAGAGUUUUCCCCAUGCUGGAGCCCAAACACGGGGCCCAGAAUGGAACGGAUUAGCCUUGUUUUUCUCUCCCCACACCCCUUCCCCCCAAACUGGACGCGGAUUGGGCAGUAAGAGCGGGAGGGCUGUCAUUAAAAAAACAAAACCAGAUGUCCUUGGUCCGUGCCAUCUGUUUUGUUUCCGGCUUCCUUUUAAUCUGGCUAACUUACAUAAAUACGUUUCCUUGGGAGUCAGCAGUGAAAUCUCUUCGUCCUCCUCAGUGAAUUGAAAACUGCUCCCCCUGCUUAUAAAAGGGGUGAUAACUCUGAGCAACCUGGAGAACAGGCUUAACAAUGAACCCCCAUUGACAAGCUCCCUUCAUGUCUGGCCAUUCAGCACAAUGGACUUUUGGUAGCAGCUGAUGGGAACUUCGGUCCAACAAAUACGAAGGAUGCUGGUCAGCAACAGCAAUUUAAAAUGUGUGGAGGAAUAGGCUGUUUUGCAGUUUGGAAGGCAGAUUUCCACUAAGGAUCAAAACUACAGUAUUAAUUUCAAAGGGGGACAUCUAAAAUGAAUAUUCAGAGACGGAUGUGUGCCUUUUAACAAUAACUGCUGUCCCUCCAAAUAAUGCAGAGUAGCAACAUUGCAAAAAUUGUAUUCCAGAUCCAGUUGAGUUUUUAAUCACCUUUAUUUAUAUGCUUCCUUGCUCAAUCUCCUUUCAAAACUCUGCAGAAGCCAAUAACUCCUUAAAUCUGGAGGCAACCAGAGGAUCCCAAGGGAGCAAAUCCAGUUCAGCUCUCCAUGUUGGGUCACCUCAAGAUUCCUUUGCCUGCAUUAUUUUGCCUCCCUUGUUCCAGUAAUUAAAUGGCCUGGGGGGUGAACUUGAAAACCCCUCAUCUUCCUUCAGUUGUUCUAUGAACAGACGUGCCUCUGCACCAGAAGUAAAACAAAAAUUGAAUAAAUUUGUUAUUCUUGCCAA